GUUCCAUGUCUACCCUAAACAACACCGUUGUAUGUAGUCAACUGCUGUUGUGCAUUUUCUCUCUGCUGCCCCAUAAAGAUGACGUUAUGCUGCAGAUCCGGGGCUGACGUCGCUCGCUCUCGCGAUAUUUCGGCGUCAAGCAGGUUCUGAGCCUAACCCCCCUCCCGCGCUGUCCCCUCCCACGCCCCAGCGCGCUGUGUCGGGAUAGUGGCAGUAUAAAGUAUAUCGUCCAUCCGAGACAGAUAAGAAGCGCCAGGCUAGAGGGGAUGAAGAUGGCGGACGCCAAGCAGAAAAGGAACGAACAGUUGAAGCGCUGGAUAGGCUCGGAGACGGAUCUCGAGCCGCCCGUCCUGAAGAAGAAGAAGACGAAGGUGAAGUUCGACGAUGGCGCCGUGUUUCUGGCCGCCUGCUCCAGCGGCGACACGGAGGAGGUGCUGCGAAUGCUCGACCGCUGCGCGGACAUCAACUACGCCAAUGUAGACGGACUCACCGCGCUGCACCAGGCCUGCAUAGAUGAUAAUGUGGACAUGGUGACCUUCCUAGUGGAGCAUGGAGCCUGCAUCAACCAGCCCGACAAUGAAGGCUGGAUUCCCCUUCACGCUGCCGCUUCCUGCGGAUACCUCGACAUCGCUGAGUAUCUUAUCAGUCAAGGUGCAAACGUCGGUGUAGUAAACAGCGAGGGAGAAACGCCACUGGAUAUUGCAGAGGAGGAGGCCAUGGAGGAGCUUCUGCAAAACGAGAUCAACCGGCAAGGCGUGGAUAUCGAGGCGGCCAGGAAAGAGGAGGAGCGGAUCAUGCUAAGGGAUGCACGACAGUGGCUUAACAGCGGCCAGAUCAACGACGUCCGGCACACCAAGUCUGGGGGUACCGCACUGCACGUCGCUGCAGCCAAGGGAUAUGCUGAGGUUUUAAAGCUUUUAAUCCAAGCAGGGUAUGAUGUAAAUAUUAAAGACUACGAUGGCUGGACUCCGCUCCACGCUGCUGCACACUGGGGCAAAGAAGAGGCCUGCCGGAUACUAGUAGAGCAUUUGUGUGAAAUGGACAUUGUCAAUAAAGUGGGUCAGACGGCGUUUGACGUAGCUGAUGAAGAUAUCUUGGGAUAUUUAGAAGAGCUGCAAAAGAAACAGAAUCUGCUUCUGAGUGAAAAGAAGGAUGUUAAGAAGUCUCCUUUAAUAGAAACUACGACUACUGGGGACAAUAAUCAAUCUGUGAAACCACUGAAGAGUAAAGAAACACUUCUACUGGAGCCAGAGAAGACUGUCCCACGAAUCGAGACUCUGGAGCCAGAGAAGGUGGAUGAAGAAGAGGGGGAGGGGAAGAAAGAUGAGUCUAGCUGCUCUAGUGAGGAAGAAGACGAGGAAGACUCAGAGUCUGAGAACGAAGCAGACAAGACCAAGUCUUCUGUUCCGUCGAGCAUUUCUAACAGUACACCUGCACCUGCUAGUAUCACCGUCACGUCCCCAACUACCCCCAGCAACCAGGUGACCACCCCAACCUCACCUACCAAAAAGGUGAGCACACCUGCAGGGAAGGUGUCUCCAAAAGAGGAGGAGAGGAAGGACGAGUCUCCUGCAUCAUGGCGACUGGGCCUGCGGAAAACCGGCAGUUACGGAGCACUGGCAGAAAUCAGCACAACUAAAGAGGCACAGAAAGAGAAGGACACAGCCGGGGUGAUGCGCUCGGCCUCUUCUCCUCGCCUCUCAUCCUCACUGGACAAUAAGGACAAGGAAAAGGAGAAGGAGAAGACACGUCUGGCAUAUGUUGCACCAACCAUCCCGAGGAGACACGUUAGCACAUCAGACAUCGACGAGAAGGAAAACAGGGAUUCGGCUGCUAGUCUGGUACGUAGCGGCUCGUACACCAGGAGACGCUGGGAAGAAGACCUGAAGAACACCGACGGAACCGCCUCGCAAAACAGAACCUCCAGCUAUCAGCGCAGUACGUCUCACACGCUACCGUUAGGCCGCACGUCUAGCUCUCGCGACCUGCCCGCCAAAUCCUCCUCUGCAUCCAGCCUGGAACCUAACAACUCUAAAGCCUGGCAGCAGCCUUCCUCCUACCAGUCUUACAGCAUUCACCGCAGCGGAUCGUUUGGAAGGAAGCAGGAUGAUGCUUUAAGUUCCACUUCUUCCUCCACCUCCACAACAACGACCUCCACCUCCUCUGUUACCUCACCCACCGGACAUCGCAGCCUGCUGUCCAGGUAUUGGGCAGAAGAGAGUACGGAAAAGGAGAAGGAGAAAGAGUCGGCCACGGUCAUCCCCACAAUCAACACUGCAGCCACCACCACUACCACCUCCACUACUGGAACUGUGCUGGGCUCUGACGGACGAGAGAGACGCAGAUCAUACCUCACCCCUGUGCGUGACGAAGAGUCCGAGUCUCAGAGGAAAGCCAGAUCCAGACAGGCACGGCAGUCCAGGAGGUCCACACAGGGUGUGACCUUGACUGAUCUCCAGGAGGCAGAGAAGACCAUCGGUCGCAGUCGUCCCACAUGGCCUCGAGAAGAGGAGAAAGAAGAGAAGGAGAAACAGGACAAGGAGAAACAAGAAGAGAAGAAAGAGACAGAGACCAAGGAGGAUGACUACAGGUCACGCUACCGCAGCUUUGAAGAGAAGUACCGGAGCACCUCCUUGGCCUCGACCACCACAGCCUCCUCCACCCUGCCUUCCUCCUCGUAUAGCAGCUCCUCUUCUCUGUACAGCACCUCCUCUCUGAACCGAUCAUUUAUUCAGUUUUCAGAUGAUUCUGAUAGAAAAGAAAAAGAGGACGACAGGGACGCUGAAGACAAGUCUCAGCCACGCUCUAUACGCGACCGCAGACGACCUCGAGAGAAAAGACGCUCGACUGGAGUGUCCUUCUGGACCCAGGAUAGUGACGAGAACGAGCCAGAGCAGCCAUCAGACUCAGAAGAAGGCAGCACUAAAGGAGAGCCUCAGAGUGACAGACUGUCCAGGUAUGACCCUGUCUCUACUAGCACUUCCUAUCUCGACCGUUACGAGUCUUUGAGUAGCCGUGGCAUUGGGGAGAGCCGGCGGCCGUACUCUCGCUUCGAAAGAGACGACACCACUGAUUAUAAGAAGCUUUAUGAGCAGAUUUUAGCUGAAAACGAGAAGUUGAAAGCUCAGUUACGAGAUACAGAACUGGAGCUGGCAGACCUGAAACUGCAGCUGGAGAAAGCCACACAGAGGCAGGAGCGCUUUGCUGAUCGAUCACAGCUGGAGAUGGAGAAAAGGGAAAGAAGAGCUUUAGAAAGGAAGAUCUCUGAGAUGGAGGAGGAACUGAAGACGCUACCAGACUUGAAAGCAGACAACCAGAGACUAAAGGAUGAGAACGGAGCGCUGAUCCGAGUCAUAAGCAAGCUUUCCAAAUAGAACAGAGCCUCCCCACGACCUCCGGCAGUAACUGUAUUGCACAUUUAGAUAUGAAUACGAGACAACGGCGACAAGAAGGCUCCGUUUCUCAGUCCCCAGCUUUCCCUCGCUUCUCCGCUCCACCACCUCACCACUCACACAGAACCACUGCGUUUACAGAACUAAGGAAAAGCGUUAGACGAGAGAAUGGCAUUGAACACUUUGCGGGCGGGGAAAGCCUCAAAAAACUAUUUAACCAAUAAGCCUUAGUUGUACAUACGUCACUUGUAUCAAAUUUCUCUUGGCUGUCACAGAACACCUGAUUUUAUUUGUGCCACACUUUUUUUUUUUUGCGUUUUUUUUUGUUUGUUUUUUUGCUUCGCUCUUUAAUCUUUCUUCCUGUAUAGAUGUGUUAUGCAAUGUGCAGCUCUCUCCUUCCAUUUCCUUCAACCCCCGUCCCGAAUGGCGCCAGAAGUCCCGCCUCGUCCUCGGAGGCACUGUCUCUCAGCAGAAGACUUCCCAGCAUUCCACAGUGCUGGCGCACGCGCACGCUCCGCACACUUCCUCCUCUCUCACGGACCCCUGGCUUUACCGAUUAGGUGGACCUUGUGGAAUCGAACCUUUCACUUAUGUGCAAUAUAUGCGUUUCUUUCUCUACAAACGCUUUAAGAACGUUCACUCUUGCACCACUUUCGUGGCUCACCCCGGUUUCCUUCCUCUCCCCCGACUUUCUUUGAGUUUGUAGUGUAGUCGUUGAUUUAUAUCUUGUACUCCUCACAUUGUUUUAGCAGGUACUGAGUGAAGUUGUAUAUACCUGUAUGUAUCGUUUGAGACCAGCACAUGGCAUGCGUUUAUGGUUCCCUGUCUGUUACUAUUGAAAUAUACCAACUCCAGAGGACAAAGUGUGUUUUUAACUAUUUCCUUCUUCUUUUAUAGUCGAAAAUGUCAUUGGAUAACAAUAGAGCCGCCCUCUUCAGUGCAUUUCUUUCUCUUCUUCUCAGUUUUAAAAGUGUUCACGGUAAUUGUGAGAUAAUAAUAUAAUUGCUUCACUACAUUUCACACAUUUUAUUCAGUAUCUUUGGAAGAGUGCUGUUCAUUUUUUUUUUGUCCUUUUCCCAUUUUUUUUUUUUUUAAGCUGUAGUAUUAACUAAGGUGUUGUCACUAAAAAGAAGAUCCUAGAUAUCGCUAACCAGUCCUUUUUACAAUGUCUACAUGCACUGUCAAUGCCAUGUCAGGAGUCUUGCUGUCCGGUUUAGCGAACUUUUGCCACCGCGUCAGAUGAAGUCCAUGCAUCGGAAACACGUUUUAUGCAUUUCAGUGGCCUUUUACUUAAAAUACUGUAGUUGGAAAAAAAUGUCGCUGUAGUUGGACUGUCAGCUGUCUCCUCUUUGGUUUAGGUUUUUAAUAUUUUUUUGUUUUUGCUUUUUAAAUUUCCCAUCAUCUUGUAAAAUAGAUGUGUGGCUUCAUCCGUGCAAGCUGUGCUGUGACUACCAACCACUGAGAGUUAAUUAAAAUAAACUUGUACAUUG